AUGGGCAAGUCAAAGUCUGACCCCUCUAAACCCUCUGGCACUAAGACUGCUCCCAUCAUUAUUCAAUCUGAAAAUUCAUCUUUCAAUGCUGGAAUUGUCCUCAAUGAAACGAACUAUGAUGUUUGGUGCCAGAUGAUGGAGAUGCAUAUUGCUGAGAAGGAGAAACUCUCCUUUAUUCGUGGUAAAACAGCACCACCGACUAAAAAAGAUGCAAGUUAUGACAAGUGGUACACAGACAACCAAAGAAUCAAGAGAUGGAUAUUGAUGUCCAUGUCUCCGGAAAUCAUGAAGCAAUAUAUCCGUCUUCCUACUGCUCGUGAAAUUUGGAAGGCUUUAUCAAAAGCUUUCUAUGAUGGGGCCGAUGAACUGCAAGUUUUCACCUUGAACCAGAAGGCUUUCUCUGCCAAACAAGAUGGCUGA